AAUUUGGCAGACCACGAAUUUCCAAUGAAGCCGUGGCGAGAUGAAGGACUGCCCGGAUGGGCAAAACUCAGUUUUUUCGAACUUGCAGUGCUCACGGCACUGCCUUGGUUGGUCGGAGUUCUCAUGAGUUAUUUGUUUGCUUCCACAUAUCAUGAUAUGCCAGUUUCAGUAUGGCUUGUUGCCCUGGCAUUAUUCGCGGCGUGCCUGUGGCAUGCUCGGCAUGAACCCGGAACUCAUCACUGGCACAGUGUUCUGCCGAUCUCCUGCAUGGCUGGUGUCGCAGUCUCUUGCAUUCUGGGUUUGGUCGCCUACAGAAAUUUUUAUUCGAUCUAUUGGCUUUACCAUGACAGCCAUGCCUAUGCCAACGUGUUACCUUCUGAGCCUGCAGCGGGCUACUUAGACGCUGGAAAACUCGUCUUUGCCGAAGAGGCCCAUAUUGAUGCCCGAAGAGGCAUGGGUUUCAAGGAUGGUUCCACCUACUGCGUAGCCCCGAUCGUAGAUGCUGCCACUAGCUCUGUCCAGUUUUGGGCUGCUGGUGUGAACUGCUGCAGCCGUGGGAACUUCGAAUGUGAUGAUGCUUGGGAUGAGAAAGCGCAUGCUGGUCUAGUGCUGAGACAACAUUCAUGGCACCCGCAGUAUGCCUUAGCUGUGAAACAAGCUGCAGCUGCCUUUGGCCUCGCCACAGCCAAGAAUCCCAUCUUCGUGGAGUGGGUGGUGGAUCCUGAGAAGGUUGAAAUGAACUACUGGAUGCUUGGCAACGGCAUUCUCAUUGGCUCUUGUCUCAUUUCCUUGGUCAUCUCUGCCCUAGUGAAUGUGGUGCUCCUGCGCUUCACAGCUCCACCGGAGGCACAGGCCUUUGCCACGCGGCCAUGAGGGCCAUGACGGCCAUGACGGCCAUGACGUAAUGCCGUGGCGCCGAAUCGCGCCGAGAAAA